AUGUUUCCCCGCCUGGCGCUUACGCGCUCGGCAGUCGCAACGGCGGCCACCGCUGGAACACCUUUAGCGUCGUCGACGUCAAAGUCGGCGUCGGGUGCUGCUGGCCGCCGUCUACACCCGUUCUUGGGCGGGUAUGGUCCUGGACGGCCGGGCGCGUGUAGAGCAGUCAACUCUGCCGCCGUGCCUCUUGUCGAGCCCGAGGCAUUGCGUGCUGCUCCCCCUUCGACAGAGUAUCACGUCCACCAGCAAGGCUCGGCGGGCGAUGUGCCCGGGUCACUGAAGCAAAGGCAAAAGAUGCCCCUAGGCAGCGACAGGAGGACCAACGAGGGUACAGAAGGUGCAGGACCCAGCGCGUCUGCUACUACAGCUGCUGCUCGUGCGGCGUCGACGUCGACCUCGACCUCGGCGUCACCGGCCCUCGGCUCAUCGGCCGAAACCGUUGCCGAGCCUUCAGUGUCGUCGCCUGCGAGCGUGCCAGUGUCGGCGACGGGCGAGGGGUCCAAGCCGGCAUCACUGGACACUCGCAUUGCUCCCUUAUCGACGACCUCCCAGCCUGUGCCGCCAGCGUCUGUCGUCCAUGCCCUUGUCGCCGGUUCCGUUCCGCUCUCUCCGAUCGAGCUGCUCGAGUACUUUCAGCGCAGACCGUAUCUGUACUCGCCUACAGCUGCCCGCGCUCUCACAGCUUAUGCUGAGCGGGUAAACGACCUGCGAACGCUGGACAUGGCCAAAAACCUACUCGCCACAGAACGCAUGCCCACCCUCAACUCGGCGCUCUCAGUCCAACAAACGCAUUCCGGUGGGCGCCUGACUCGCCAUCACUCUCUAGGCCUCGACAUGACUCCCAAUCACAAGCUGAAGCGCAAGUUUGGCAGCAGCAAGUUUGUCAACGUGCGGUACGCUCGUCUUUACCCUCCUAUCGCCCUCCUGCCCGAUCGGCCCACGCCUCAAUCGUUUCUCCAAUAUCAACACCGCUUGCAGCUCAAGAACAAGCCUUUGGACUUGCCCACGGCUGUCGAGAUCCUUCGCAGUAUCCAGGGGGCCAACAAGUGGCACGAGCUGGCCCUCCUCGAGCUCGAACUGGUGUACACCUCCUCGUCCCCCGAGAGCAUCAUUGACAACUUUUGCGACCUUGCUCCUGCUGUGACGUUCACUCGACAGACGCUGCACGUCGCUGUCGUAGCCCUCCUGCGCAUGUUGACUUCCCAACCUGAACCCACCGCGACGUCCCAUGCCGGCGACUGGAGCCCCCAUAUCGAUCGGUUGGACAAGCUCCGCAAGCGCUUCACCAUGACCGCUGGGUCGGAGACGUGGCGGCACGUCGCUCUCCGCGCCGUGGAGAUUGACGACGAGGGCCUCGCCCGUUUCGCAUUCAUCCACGGCCGCAAAGAGCUGGGCCACGACCGUGUGCGCGCCGAGAAAGAGCGCGCCCAGGACAAGAUGCGCCUGACCACCGCCGCCCGGCCACCAGCCUAUGGCGCCGACGCGGUGCGCGCGGCGCUCGAGUCGCCCGUCUACGUGCGCUUCAACCACGAGUGGCGCGACGUCAAGCGCUGGCUCGAUGCCCUCGGUGUCAUUUACGAGACCAAGGGAUGGGCCACGCGCGGACCUCUCAUCCCGCCCGAGAAGCAAGGGCGGACGCCGCGCCAGAUUGCGCGCUGGGUCUGGGUCGGCAGGAAGGGCGAGGAGGCGGCUGCGAACCGCAAGCUGGUCGCGCAGGCCACGGCGGAUGGCCUUGUGGGCGGAGAGCCCACGUCAGAGGGUCUGCCCCAGCCUGCACCACUGCCUGCCGCGACCGCCCCUGCCGACGCGGAAGACCUUCUCGACGACCCGUCGACGAGCGUCGACAACGCCGAGCACGAACGCCCGGCCCCCAGCCUCAAGUCGCUGUUCCAGACCCUGCGGGCGGUGAAGGGGCAGGAGAGUGUCAAGGAGGAGGAGCAUGUGGCCGGCGAGGCCAAGGAAGACAAGGAGGACGAGGACGUGGACAACGACGUCGACGAGAACGAGAACGAGCACAAGUAA